AUGUCCAAGGACCACAUUCUCACGCUGUCAUGUCCGGACAAGCCAGGAAUCAUUCACACCGUCACUGGACUCCUGGCGAAGCACAAUCUGAACAUCUUGGACCUGCAGCAAUUCUCAGACCCAGAUCUCCAAAAGUUCUUCAUGAGAGUGCACUUCGGUCAUGCGGACUCCACCGAACAUCUCACCCAGCCCUUUCAGGAAUUGGCCGGCGACCUCGGAAUGGACUACGCCAUCGUCCCCCAAUCCCACAAACCAAAAGUCCUCAUCAUGGUCUCCAAGAUCGGCCACUGCCUCAACGACCUCCUCUUCCGCGCCAAGACAUCGCAGCUCAACAUCGAGAUCCCCCUCAUCGUUUCCAAUCAUCCGGAGUUCGAGCCCCUGGCGAAGAGCUACGGGAUUCCCUUCCACCAUCUCCCCGUGACCAAGGACACCAAGGCCGCGCAAGAAUCCCAAAUCCUGGAUCUGGUCAAGCAGAACAACAUCGACCUCAUCGUGCUGGCGCGAUACAUGCAAGUCCUCUCCCCGACCCUGUGCGAGGCGAUGAGUGGCAAGAUUAUCAACAUCCAUCAUUCCUUCCUGCCUUCGUUCAAGGGUGCCAAGCCGUAUCACCAGGCGUACGAUCGAGGCGUCAAGAUCACCGGAGCGACGGCACAUUUCGUGACUUCGGAUCUGGAUGAAGGGCCCAUCAUUGAGCAGCGAGUCGCGAGGGUCGAUCAUAGUAUGCAGGCCAAGGAGCUGGUGGAGGAAGGAAGCAACGUCGAGGCGCAGACCCUCGCCGCUGCGGUCAAGUGGUGGUCGGAGAAGAGAGUUUUCCUGAACGGCACCAAGACGGUCGUGUUCAAUUAG